AUGGCGACUUACAUUACACUUCCGUCGGGGAAAAUGAAGAAGAAAAGAAAGCGAACAGUGAUUGGGAAGAAAGAUUUAGAAAAGCUAGAAGGCCUCUUUCAGCAAGAUAAAUGGCCUGAUCGUAAUAAAAAAAUGAAUCUGGCAGUGUCUAUCAGCAAAUCAGAAAACUUCAUUUCUACUUGGUUUCAAAACCGGAGAGCAAAGUACCGCCGUCUUCAACAGGACACGGAUGCACUCGUGAAAAACGAUGAUGGAGUGAAAUUAACGUUUCACGAUGUGAGGUUUUCAAAUAAGGAGUUAUCGAAAAACAGUAAUAUUAUUUAUAAUAAAGAUAAAGAAACUGGCGGUAAUUCUAAUCAAGUACCCAUUGGUCUGGAAGAAAUAAAACUGGAAUUAAAUGUCACUGACAAGAACACAAACAAAAGAUCAAAAGCAGUGAACGGAAACGACGGAAAAUUUGAAAAGGGUAAUGAGGAGGUUUCUAACGAUGUAAACAAGACUCUGUCGUGGGACUUUGUGUUCCGACAUAUUGUGGAAAUGGCUGCUGCAUCAGAAGGUGCCUUGUCGGACGGACAUCCUUCUAUCACACAGGCCGUGCGACACGCAGCGCUAGGAGUACCACUUAGAGACGCUCAGCUCGUGUACAGUCGUGAGUACGGACUGGACUUUGAGACCACGUGCACGUCAUCAUGA